AUGGCUCUUCCGCAGCUAAUCUCCGCUCACAAACCCUCAUUAAACCCCAACACUUCCGCUCUUUCCUCAUUAAACCCUAACAAUCUCAAUUUCUUCUCCAAAUCGCCACCAUCUAUUGAUUCACUCGUCCGCCGCCGCCGCCACAAAAGGCGUACCGCCUCAUUAAAAUGCUCGGCUUCAUCAUUCUCUGAGAAACACCACAACACAAACCAUCCAAAAUCAGGCGACGUCGUUGAGCUCCCACUAUUUCCACUCCCACUGGUUUUAUUCCCAGGCGCAAUCCUCCCUCUCCAGAUCUUCGAAUUCCGUUACCGCAUUAUGAUGCACACCCUCCUACACACCGACCUCCGUUUCGGUGUCAUCUACUCCGACGCCGUUUCCGGCACCGCCGAAGUGGGUUGCGUCGGCGAAAUCGUCAAGCACGAGCGCCUCGUCGAUGACCGAUUCUUCCUCAUUUGCAAAGGGCAGGAACGGUUUCGUGUAACAAAUUUAGUCCGCACAAAACCCUAUCUUGUCGCGGAGGUGACGUGGCUGGAGGACAGGCCGUCAGGGGAGGAGGAUGUGGACGCUUUAGCGUCGGAAGUGGAGACGUAUAUGAAGGAUGUUAUAAGAUUGUCGAAUCGGUUGAAUGGGAAGCCAGAAAAGGAAGCGCAGGAUUUGAGAAGGAAUUUGUUUCCAACUCCAUUUUCGUUCUUUGUAGGUAGCACUUUUGAGGGAGCUCCGAGAGAGCAGCAGGCCUUGCUUGAAUUGGAGGAUACAGCUACGAGGUUGAAGAGGGAGAAGGAGACUUUGAGGAAUACUCUUAAUUACUUGUCAGCUGCUUCUGCUGUUAAAGAUGUGUUUCCUUCUUCAUAG